AAAAAUUAUUAAUGAAAAAAAAUGUUUUCACAAAAUUAUGUUUCAGUGUGACUAAACAACUGUGAGACGUAUUAAAUCAAAAAGUUUUAAUCUUUUGAGGCUGAAAACUGUAAAGAGAGAUUUGUAGAUAUGGGAAUGAGUAUAAGAAAAUCUGGUGUUACACAGUGAUUAAGAAUAGUUGACAAAUAAACGAAGACAGGAAAUACGUGCUAUGAAUUGCAGUGCAAAACUUGAGUAUCGCCGUCAAGUGUCUUCCGAUGCGUUUCUUUAAGUCAUUUGCUUGUGAAAUAUGUUAAUCGGACCAGGACUCGAACCGUGACCUUCCAAAUGGCAGUACGCAAUGUUAACCACUCGCCUAACAAGGCCCUCAUGGACAAUUACUCGUAAUUUACUGUCACAGCAUGUGGGAAUUUAUUUGACAUUAUUAUUACAAGAAAGCUAAAUUUACACUUUUAAAGCAUUGUGCCCCGCGGCAAAGGCGAAACAAAAAGUAGAUAUGAAGACCAAUCAAUUGGUGAUCGUCCGCCAUGGGGAGAGUGAAUGGAAUAAGUUGAAUCUCUUUUGCGGUUGGCACGAUGCCGAUUUGAGUGAACAAGGUGCCAAAGAUGCUGUCAACAUUUCGGCCGCAGCAUUACGUGAAAGUAAUUUAAAAUUUGACAUUGCAUACUCAUCGGCAUUGACGCGGGCCAAACAAUCACUCAGUAUUAUAUUGAAAGAAAUGAAUAUCUGUGAUUUAGAAAUUGUCAGCGAUUGGCAUUUAAAUGAGCGACACUAUGGUAACCUCACUGGGUACAACAAACGCGAUAUGGCCGAUAAAUAUGGAGAGCAACAGGUGCAGACUUGGCGACGUAAAUAUGACGUUCUUCCACCGCCCCUUACGCCAGACAAUCCCUACUACGAUUUAAUACGCAAUAAUCCGAGUUUCAAAAAUAUACCAGCAAAAGAAUUUCCAGAGACGGAAUCGCUAAAAGUUCUUAUGCAACGGGUCAUACCUUACUUUGAGAAUGUCAUACUCAAACAGGUGCUUGCGGGCAAGCGCGUUCUCAUCGUGGCACAUGGCACCGUGGCGCGUGCCCUAAUCAAGCAUAUUGAUAAUAUAUCCGAUGAAAAUAUUUCCACUGUGAAUGUUCCAAAUAGUAUACCCUGCGUUUUUGAAUUCAAUAUGGAAACGGGUGAAAAGGUUGGUAAGACAACAUUCUUGGCAGAUGAGAACUUCUUGAAUCAACAAAUACAAAAGACCGCAUCGAUUGGCGAAUCAAACAAAUAAACAGUUAGUUAAGAGAGUUCUUAAAUACUAAUAA